AUUGGUCGAUUAAAUAAAAAAAUUUUUCAUAGGUGACUCACUAGAAAAUUCCUAGGCACCAUCGGCUGAUGUGAGUGGUGUGUCCGAUUGAAAAUGUGCGCAUCUGGGACACUCCCGGAAAAAACGAAAAAGAAAAAAGAUAAACGGUGCAAGAAGUUCAGACUUAAAAGAACAUACCUAUUGUCAUGCCGACAGAUCUGUGAACAUGUGGAGCUCCAUGAUGUAAUUCAAUGAGAGGAAAUUAGAAAACUUUCCCCUGUGCUUCGUGUAUUAAAUUAUAUGACAAGACAUCAACAAGACACAACUUCAUUAAUUAAAGUUCUUAAACAGCUGGUCAAGCAAGACGAGUUUUUGUCGAAGAAACGUGGAUGUCUGAUGCAAUAGCAUAUUACGCGAUCAAGACUAAUCUCUACGAACAGAGAUUUUGACACGCUACAUGUUUGUUUACUUCUAGCUCUCUUUUGAAGUUUUGAUAGAUGCUGACAAUUAUCCGACAACGGAAAGAACAUUACGAAAAGAAUUUAAAGUUAUUUGAUAGUUGAUUCUAACACGACGAAACGAAUAAAUAUGCAGAAGUCGAAUGAGAGGCCAAAUUUCCCACAAAAGACGAGGGAGGAAAUCAAAGCAGAGCGCGAAGCUAAGAAAGCUGCUAAGGCUGCUGCUAAAAUAAUAAAAAUUAACAAUAAUAAGGUGGAUAACAAGAAUGCAGAUCCAAUGGCUAAUUGCAAGAUUUCAGCAAGAACUGAGAAAACAAUCAUAGCAACGGAAAAAAAUGAUAAGGAAAAUACAAGUCAAUCUUCAGGCAUUGGUAUCCAAAGCGACACAUUCGAAGGUAAAAAUGAGAGAAAAAGCAAGGCCGAGCUGCGUGCAGAACGAAGAGCUAAGCAGGAAGCCCAGAGAGCUGUAAAGCAACAGCAACAGUUAUCAAAAGACAAUGUGAAAAAUAAAGAGUUACUUAAAUCACAUAUAGAAAUAGUAGAGUCCGAGUGUUUAGUGAAAAAAAAUAUAGUAAAGGAAGAUGCACAUGAAGUGAAUUUAUUUAAACAUUUAUACAAAGAAAGGGAACUCUCAUCAUUUAAUGUAGCCACUGUUAAUUCAAAUAUACAUCCAGUAAUAGUUAAAUUAGGAGUUCAAUAUGCAAAUAAAAUUAUUGUUGGUAGCAAUGCAAGAUGUCUCGCGCUUCUAUCUGCUAUUAAACAGGUGAUCCAGGACUUUGAAAAACCAGUGCAGGCAGAUUUCAUUCGUGGUCUUGAAACAGCAUUACAGAAGUCAAUGGCUUAUCUGCAUCAUUGCAGACCAUUGGCCGUCUCGAUGCAAAAUGCCAUGCGUUUUCUUAAGUGGCAGAUGACGCAAUUGUCAUCUACAUUAUCAGAUGAAGAUGCAAAAAAUAGAUUACAAGGAAUAAUCGAUACUUAUAUUUUGGAGCAAAUUCAAUUGGCUGACAAAGCAAUAUCAAUUACGAUACAAACAAAAAUAUCUAAUGGAAAUGUUAUUUUAACAUAUGGCUAUUCAUCUUUAAUUCAAAAGAUAUUAGUGGAUGCACAUGCUUCAGGUAAGCAGUUUCGUGUGAUUGUGGUCGAUGGUAGACCAUGGUUAGAAGGAAAGGAACAAUUGAGACGUUUGGUGAAACAUGGAAUUGAAUGCUCAUAUAUAUUGAUAAACGCUCUUAGUUUCAUUAUGCCAGAAGUUAAUAAGGUCUUUUUAGGUGCCCAUGCGAUAUUAGCUAAUGGAGCAGUAAUGUCAAGAGUAGGAACUGCACAAGUUGCUCUAAUAGCAAGAGCUUUUAAUGUUCCUGUCUUAGUAGCAUGUGAAACACACAAAUCAUCUGAGCGAGUUCAAACAGACUCUAUCGUCUACAAUGAAUUAGGUAACGCAGAUGAUCUUGUAAAUUAUCAGUCGAAUGAUAAUUCGAAAAAAUCUGUACUUUCAAAUUGGCGAACGAAAAAAUCAUUAAAUCUUUUGAACAUCACUUACGAUGUGACACCAGCUGAUCUUGUAACAGCUGUUGUUACGGAAUUGGCUAUUUUGCCAUGUACUAGUGUUCCUGUGAUUUUACGGAUUAAACCUUCCGAGAUUUGAAUAUGUAUAUUUCCUUAAAAAGAAUUAACAAAAAUUAAAAAUAUAUGACAUCUGGUAAAAAAAUAGUUGACAAGUAUGGAAAUGGCUGAAAUGGCUCCAAUUCAAUGUAAACAUAUGAAUUAGUUUAUUUGACUGCUCAAUGUCAAUAAAAUAAUUAUAUUAAUUGAAAUA